GUUGCAACCUCCCCCUCCCCGUUUGCCACGGAGAAGACCUACGGACAGAGGGAGGCCGACAUGGCGGGGCUUCACUGAAGGAAGCCGUCAGGGAGGAGAGGAGGGGGGAGAGAAGAAGAAAAAAAAAUCCCUGCAUUUCCUCCUCCUCCUCCUCCUCCUGCGCCCACACACCAUCCCUUCUGCUGUGACUCCUCGUCCUCCCCCGGCGUCCUCCUCCUACUCUAUGCAUUACUAAAACGGCGCAAGGACUGCAUCAGGAGGAAAAAAAAAUCUCUUGCAAACAAAGAGAGAAAGAGGGAGCGAGCGAGGGUGGGGGGUGGAAAUCUCCUAGGCGAGUAUGGCGGACCGCAGCUUGGAAAGCAUGUCUUUGCCCCUGGAGGUGAGAGCCCGUUUGGCCGAGCUGGAGCUAGAACUAUCAGAAGGUGACAUCACACAGAAAGGUUAUGAAAAGAAGAGAUCAAAAUUAAUUGGGGCCUAUCUGCCACAACCUCCAGCAGCGAAUGGAGCUGCCGCAGUACGGUGUAGACUGCAGCACAGUGAAGGACCCACAAGAAGGAUGCUCCGUUCCGCCAACAUCGGGGUGUGUGACAUCCGGGAAGCAGCGGCCAGAGACCGGGCGGCCAGCACCGCGGGAACCCGGCCUCUGUUUUACUUUCGUUUCGGGGUGGAUCAGGCCUUGCCACAAGAACGCCGGACUCCUGUUACCCCCUCUUCCUCCUCAAGAUACCACCGUCGCAGGUCCUCAGGGUCCCGGGAUGAACGUUAUCGAUCAGAUGUGCAUACAGAAGCUGUCCAAGCGGCCCUGGCUAAACACAAAGAAAGGAAAAUGGCAGUGCCAAUGCCUUCCAAACGCCGUUCGCUGGUUGUGCAGACCUCAAUGGAUGCCUACACACCUCCAGACACCUCUUCUGGCUCAGAGGAUGAAGGCUCCGUACAGGGUGACUCCCAGGGAACCCCCACCUCCAGCCAGGGCAGCAUCAACAUGGAACACUGGAUCAGCCAAGCAAUCCAUGGCUCGACAACCUCUACCACGUCCUCCUCUUCCACGCAAAGUGGCGGCAGUGGGGCCGCACACAGGCUGGCCGAUGUCAUGGCUCAGACGCACAUAGAAAAUCAUUCCGCACCUCCUGAUGUUACCACGUACACCUCAGAACACUCAAUACAAGUUGAAAGACCUCAAGGCUCAACAUCAUCACGGACAGCACCAAAGUAUGGAAAUGCUGAACUCAUGGAGACUGGGGACGGAGUACCUGUGAGCAGCCGAGUGUCAGCAAAGAUUCAACAGCUGGUCAAUACCCUCAAACGGCCCAAACGACCUCCGUUACGAGAAUUCUUUGUAGAUGAUUUUGAGGAAUUGUUAGAAGUUCAACAACCAGAUCCAAACCAGCCAAAGCCAGAAGGAGCACAGAUGUUGGCAAUGCGUGGGGAACAGCUGGGCGUGGUAACAAAUUGGCCUCCGUCACUAGAAGCAGCAUUACAACGAUGGGGGACCAUUUCACCAAAGGCCCCUUGCCUAACCACUAUGGACACAAAUGGAAAACCACUGUACAUUCUUACUUAUGGCAAACUGUGGACAAGGAGUAUGAAGGUUGCUUACAACAUUCUACAUAAAUUAGGUACAAAACAGGAACCCAUGGUGCGGCCUGGAGACAGGGUAGCACUGGUAUUCCCUAAUAAUGACCCUGCUGCUUUCAUGGUCGCCUUUUACGGCUGCUUACUGGCUGAAGUUGUUCCUGUCCCCAUUGAAGUGCCACUUACCAGAAAGGAUGCAGGAAGCCAACAGAUAGGAUUUUUACUUGGAAGCUGUGGAGUUACUGUGGCCUUGACUAGCGAUGCCUGCCAUAAAGGACUGCCAAAAAGCCCAACGGGGGAGAUACCACAGUUUAAAGGUUGGCCAAAGCUCUUAUGGUUCGUCACAGAGUCUAAGCAUCUUUCUAAGCCUCCUCGGGAUUGGUUCCCACACAUCAAGGAUGCAAAUAAUGACACUGCUUAUAUUGAGUAUAAAACGUGUAAAGAUGGAAGCGUGCUUGGGGUGACUGUAACAAGAAUUGCGCUGCUCACGCACUGUCAAGCCCUCACCCAGGCGUGUGGCUACACCGAAGCUGAAACAAUUGUGAAUGUAUUAGAUUUCAAGAAAGAUGUUGGCCUUUGGCAUGGGAUCUUGACGAGUGUCAUGAAUAUGAUGCAUGUGAUCAGUAUCCCAUAUUCCUUAAUGAAAGUGAACCCCCUUUCCUGGAUACAGAAGGUCUGCCAAUACAAAGCCAAAGUGGCUUGUGUCAAAUCCAGGGACAUGCAUUGGGCACUAGUUGCACAUCGCGAUCAAAGAGAUAUCAAUCUCUCUUCUCUCCGUAUGCUGAUAGUUGCUGAUGGAGCAAACCCCUGGUCUAUUUCUUCUUGUGAUGCAUUUCUCAAUGUCUUCCAAAGUAAAGGCUUACGACAGGAGGUCAUUUGUCCCUGUGCUAGCUCACCAGAGGCUCUCACUGUGGCCAUCCGAAGGCCAACAGAUGACAGCAACCAGCCCCCAGGCAGGGGAGUUCUCUCUAUGCAUGGCCUCACCUUUGGUGUCAUCAGAGUGGAUUCCGAAGAAAAGCUCUCAGUUCUGACUGUGCAGGAUGUAGGGUUGGUGAUGCCUGGAGCUAUCAUGUGUGCAGUGAAGCCAGAUGGAAUUCCUCAGCUGUGCAGAACAGAUGAGAUUGGAGAACUCUGUGUGUGUGCAAUUGCUACGGGUACAUCAUAUUAUGGCCUCUCAGGCAUGACCAAGAACACUUUUGAGGUGUUUCCUAUGACAAGUUCAGGGGCUCCAAUAAGUGAAUACCCAUUUAUAAGGACAGGAUUAUUGGGAUUUAUUGGUCCUGGUGGACUUGUCUUUGUAGUGGGUAAAAUGGAUGGCCUGAUGGUUGUCAGUGGUCGAAGACACAAUGCCGAUGACAUUGUAGCAACAGCGUUGGCGGUAGAACCAAUGAAAUUUGUCUACAGAGGAAGAAUAGCUGUGUUUUCAGUGACUGUCCUUCAUGAUGAAAGGAUCGUCAUUGUUGCCGAGCAAAGGCCAGAUUCCACAGAGGAAGACAGCUUUCAGUGGAUGAGCAGAGUUCUGCAGGCUAUCGAUAGUAUCCAUCAAGUUGGGGUUUACUGCUUAGCUCUGGUUCCAGCGAACACUCUUCCCAAAACACCCCUGGGAGGAAUACACUUAUCGGAGACCAAGCAACUUUUUCUGGAAGGUUCUCUCCAUCCCUGCAAUGUCUUGAUGUGUCCGCAUACUUGUGUUACCAACCUGCCAAAGCCUAGACAGAAGCAACCAGAAAUUGGCCCUGCCUCCGUGAUGGUGGGGAACCUCGUAUCUGGGAAAAGGAUUGCUCAAGCUAGUGGCAGAGACCUGGGGCAGAUAGAAGACAAUGAUCAGGCCCGAAAGUUCCUGUUUCUCUCUGAGGUUUUGCAGUGGAGAGCUCAGACCACUCCUGACCAUGUCCUCUACACGCUGCUCAACUGUAGGGGCACAAUAGCCAACUCCUUGACAUGUGUCCAGCUGCAUAAACGAGCUGAGAAGAUUGCUGUUAUGUUGAUGGAAAGAGGGCACUUGCAAGAUGGAGAUCAUGUGGCCUUGGUUUACCCCCCAGGAAUAGACCUAAUUGCAGCUUUUUAUGGCUGCCUAUAUGCAGGCUGUGUGCCAAUAACAGUCCGACCUCCUCAUCCCCAGAACAUUGCCACGACAUUACCGACUGUCAAGAUGAUCGUGGAGGUGAGUCGCUCUGCCUGUUUAAUGACAACACAACUAAUAUGCAAAUUGUUAAGAUCCAGAGAGGCAGCAGCAGCAGUAGAUGUCAGAACGUGGCCCCCCAUACUGGAUACAGAUGAUUUGCCAAAGAAGCGGCCUGCCCAAAUCUACAAACCUUCUAACCCGGAUACACUGGCUUACCUUGACUUCAGUGUAUCCACAACUGGAAUGCUAGCUGGAGUAAAGAUGUCCCAUGCGGCCACUAGUGCCUUUUGCCGUUCUAUUAAGCUGCAGUGUGAACUUUACCCCUCUAGAGAAGUGGCUAUCUGUUUGGACCCCUACUGUGGGCUUGGGUUUGUCCUCUGGUGCCUCUGCAGCGUUUAUUCAGGACACCAGUCUAUUCUGAUCCCUCCCUCAGAGCUAGAGACUAAUCCUGCUCUAUGGCUUCUUGCUGUGAGUCAGUAUAAAGUCCGAGACACUUUCUGUUCCUACUCAGUCAUGGAGCUUUGCACCAAGGGACUAGGCUCACAGACAGAAUCACUGAAGGCAAGAGGACUGGACUUGUCCCGCGUACGGACGUGUGUGGUCGUGGCAGAAGAACGCCCUCGAAUCGCCCUCACACAGUCGUUUUCAAAAUUAUUUAAAGAUCUGGGUCUCCAUCCACGAGCUGUUAGUACAUCAUUUGGCUGUAGAGUUAACUUGGCGAUCUGCUUACAGCCUCACAGGCUGGGGAAGCUGGCUGACCAGGGAACGUCUGGACCUGAUCCAACCACUGUGUAUGUUGAUAUGAGGGCACUAAGACAUGACAGAGUUCGUCUAGUAGAAAGAGGAUCUCCCCACAGUUUGCCCCUCAUGGAAUCAGGAAAAAUCCUCCCUGGAGUCCGUAUCAUAAUUGCAAAUCCAGAAACAAAAGGACCCUUGGGAGACUCUCAUCUUGGGGAGAUCUGGGUUCACAGCGCUCACAAUGCCAGUGGCUACUUUACUAUUUAUGGAGAUGAAUCCCUUCAGUCAGAUCAUUUUAAUUCAAGAUUAAGUUUUGGAGACACACAGACUAUUUGGGCUCGAACAGGCUAUUUGGGAUUCCUGAGGAGAACUGAACUUACAGAUGCCAAUGGAGAGCGUCACGAUGCCCUCUACGUUGUGGGUGCAUUAGAUGAAGCUAUGGAGUUGCGGGGAAUGAGGUAUCAUCCAAUUGAUAUUGAGACAUCAGUAAUCAGAGCCCAUAAGAGUGUCACAGAAUGUGCCGUGUUUACUUGGACAAACUUACUGGUCGUUGUGGUUGAGUUGGAUGGCUCAGAACAAGAAGCCUUGGACCUGGUUCCCUUAGUCACGAAUGUGGUUCUAGAGGAACAUUACCUGAUUGUAGGCGUGGUGGUGGUGGUGGACAUUGGUGUCAUUCCUAUCAACUCCCGUGGAGAAAAGCAGCGUAUGCACCUACGAGAUGGAUUUUUGGCAGACCAGCUAGAUCCAAUUUAUGUGGCCUACAACAUGUAGUCUUGUCCCUUUGGCUUCCAUGGACUUUACUAGAGAUGUAUACAUUUUCCUCAGUGUCUACUAAAAACGUGCAGAGAAACGAGGGUAAUGCUCAUCAGAUUGGAACUGUUUCUGUUAUUGUGAUGAUGAUAAGGAUGAUGAUGAUGAUGACUUUUCAAAGCAGUCACAAUUGGCCAGGGAAUAAAAUGUGAAACGUGUUUCCUUUACCACUAAAUUUUUAGCUCAGAAGGACUUUGGGAUUACUGCCUUUGGUUUGAUGGAAAAGCCCAUUUUAAAACUUUUCUUUUUUUUUCUUUCUUUUUUUUUUGGCUUACUGGAUAAGUGCUUUCUGCGUAAAUGUGGCUUUGUACUUUUGCGUUGAGCUGAAGUAGCAAUUUUUUUUAAAUCUGCCCUCUGACUGGGUUCUUUUAGACAAUUUUACAUAGUGUGACAGAGAAUUGUUUUCACUGUUUUAAUGUGUCAUCAAUCUUACCAACGUGGAUCUGUUACUAAUUGAAGCCAUCUUUAGAUCCCAUUGUUUUAGGAAAACGUGUUGAGGUACGAAAACUUUCCAAAUAGCACCUUCCAAUUAGAAUUUAGCAGCUUUCUUUGUCAGAAAUGUGCCGAAGGACAAAGGCUAACAAAUGGCCUUUGAUGUUAGCAUAGGAAGAAGAAAUUAUAAAUAAGGUGUAUUUCGGCAAUUAUCUUACAGAUAUCUUUGUACUAAACUAAAAAGAUAAAAUAAGUUAACUUCUUCAUAUGUAAUUAUGUACAAAACGUUUAAUUUAUUUUGAUCUCUUUAGAAGUAUAAAAGAGAAAACAUUCAAGAAUAUUAAAGUCUUGUAAUGUUUGCUAAUAUAAAAAAGUGUUGUAUUAUCUUGCGUGGAUAGUAUCACAUCAAAUAUAUAUAUAUGAAAUAUAAAUUCACUAAGGACAAAAAAGAUUUUAAAGUUUAAAAUGCAGAACUUGUCACUUGCAUGGUGUCCCCGGUCCCUCUCCCCCCCACUCUACUGUAGAUAAUUGAGUGUUAACUCACACAAACUUUCUCUGAAGAAAGCAAUCAUGGAUUGCCAAGUAACCCUGUCUCAAAGUUUCUUCUAGAUACCAGAUACCAGCAAGUGAAAUUUUUGCCAUCUCGAAGAUGGUGAAUGAAUUUAAAGGCUAAACAUGCACUAAAAUAUUUUUUUUUCUUUGCCACAGAGGUAACAAUAACUCUAUUUGUGCUGGCAUGUGCUUACACUUGUUACACUUUAGGAAGGCAGGUUGGCGAGUAGCACUGUUUCCUAGCUGCAAGAAUCUGUUGCACAGGUUUUCCCCUAUCAUUUUUUGUUGGUGUGUUUAUUUUUUUUUCCCAUUGCUGUUAUUGUUGUGAUAUGAUAAGGAAUGGUUUUCCAUGGUCACUUGCACCAAGUUGGUCUCAUUUCUCCCUCCAAUGGCCAUUGUAGUGGGUAGGCACAUUCUCCAAGACAAAUUUAGGGAAUGGAAUUAGAGAAAAGGUCUUCUCUCCUCUUGCCUAUAACCGAGCUAGUGAGUUUCUCUUCUCCAGGGGUCUCUUAGACCAAGGGAAGUUCUUCAAGGAGCUGAGCUGCCCUGGUAGCCUGUAACAGAGGCCAUCUAUAGGGAAGAGUCACACAGCAUGCUUCACAGCUGCCUUCAUUUUACUACCCAUAGAUAAAUAGAUCUUCAGGUCCUCCUUCCAUUCUAGUCUCUCCUUUCCUCCCUCUGUUCUCCCCACCCGCCUUUUUUUUUUAAUUUUCAGAGCUCAUUAGUACAUUUCUAAAUCAAGAUGGCCUGUCUGUGUCUGACCAAGUGAGUCUAUCAGCAGCCACCCAAGACUGAUUUAUUUUAUAAUUGUCCCAAAUAGGCUCCUGUGAUAGCUCUCUUGUUACUGGAUAUGCAUGACUGAGAUUGUUGCUGGGAAAAAUUUAGAUCCUUAUUUUUUCUUUUUUAAAUGACACUUUUAGGCAAUGUCUACGUCUGACUUUGCAGUAUGCAUUCAGUAGUGGGCCCUUUGCUAAAAGAAAGUUUUGUUUGACUUCCAAAAUCCAAGGUGGAUUAUUUUGAGUUGUUUUUUUUUAAAAAGGCACAUUUUUUUGUCUGCAUGUACAGUGCAUCCUCCCACGUCCGCAAGGCAUUCGCUUUUUAGAUCACCAUUUUGAACUUCAUUGCUGUGUCAAUAUUUCUAAACAUAUGCUCCAAACACAAUCUGAGAACUUAUGUAACAUGAGGUCCUGUAUUUCCUAAGGGUCAAAAAACAGACCUUAUAAAGAAAAAGAAAAUAAGAAACAUCUUAUUGUACACGUACAAUCUCCUUGUCCUAAGGGAAAGUUGGCUCUAAUUUUCAAAUACAAUUUUGAUCAUUUGCAAAACAUAAUUGUCCAGUGGGGAGUAGGGGAGGGUAACUUGUGAAAUUCCACCUCAGUCCCUUUGGCCAAAUUUAGCCAUCCCUUCCAAUGUCAUUUUAGCCUUCACCAGAUCAACUCUGGGAGUUGGGGAGAGGGGAAGGAGAGGAGAGAAACAUAUGCUGCAAUGCGAUCAGGAAAGGAGUUAAUAAUAAUGGAUCUCUUCUGCAACCUGUCAUCUGUGGUGUUGAGUUUUCUACUCAAAAGUGAUAAAGGACUGAAUUUGGAGCAACGUAGUGCAAAGCAAAGUGGAAGGCAACCUUUUGAUACCACCAGAUUCAGCAAUAAAGAAGGAUUGUUCUGUAUUAGGAACUGUAUUGUAGAUAAACCAUUCAUGAGAAUGUAUAAAAUGUUUGUCUUGUGACCUUGUGCUUUUGAAGUCAGACAAAACCACGUAACCAAUUUGCACAAAGAGAGGGUACACAAUGAACAUUUACACACACACACAAACACACACACAGACCUAAUCAAACAGGAGCAGAUUCCUCAUGGUGCUUGUUUAUUUUAUAUAUAUAUAUAUAUAAAUAAAUGAAUAUAUAUAUAUAUAUAUAUAUAUAUAUAUAUAUAUAUAUAUAUAUAUAUAUAUAUAUAUAUAUAUAUAUAUAUAUUUAAUCCUGCUUGACACUUUACCCAAGGGGAGACUGUCCCUUUUAUCAGUUGAAUGUUAGCAGCGUUAUUUCAUAGAGUGUGGUGACUGGUUAGAGCAGUUCAUAUACUCAGCCAAUCACAGUUUCAAACAAAGUUUUUAUGUGCAAAGGACAGCAAACCUUCUUGUAUGUUAAACCACCAGUACGCUUUGUACAUCUGUGAUAACGCCUGUUUUAUAUUCAAAUGAACAAAUAAAAGCUUUUAUUUUUGUUGCUCUGAAAA